AUGACAGCCAAAAUACAAACAGAUGAAUCCAACGUUUACCUUGGUUGGUUAGAAAAGGCAAUAUCAGAAAACUAUAUUAAAUAUUAUAAUUACGAUGAGUUCGUUAAUAAAGAAGAAAUCAGCAGCUGUUCCUAUGGAAACGUUUCUCGUGCAAGCUGGGGAGAUUCCGGUACUAUAAUGGCCAUAAAAUAUUCACUAAACUUAACCAUCCAAGAAAUUGUUAAUGAGAUAAAAAUGCAACGUGAAGUUGAUUAUCAUGCAAAUAUUAUUCAGUUUAUGGAAUAUCCCGACUAG